CGGGUGACAAUUCUCUGAGGGGUUCGUCCUUACGAGCAACCUAUGUUACAUCACACAUAAUGAUUCAAUGCAUUGUUAACAUCCAAAUAUUGAUUAGUGCAGCUGUAAGUUGACCACCCCCACAUAGAGAAGAAACAUUGUUUUAGUGAGUUGUUGUGAGUGUCAGUGAAUGGGAAAGCAAGACUGAAAGUGCGAGAAAUAAGGGGCACAUUCAGCCUCGACAAAACAUUUACUUGAACUGAAACGAUGGUGAGCAAGCGCACUGCUUUUUUUAAAAUGUAUUACCAGUUUAGUUUACGUACGUGUCGCUGCUGAUUGGGUAACAUCUCUGACACGCCCAUCAAACGAUAGAAAACAUAGCUCAGAGCUCGUUGCACAGUCUAUCGCACCGUUUCACACCGUUCAGGUCGUUCAACCUGGAAACCGCAGCAAAACAGUGCACACCGUUUAGAGAUUGAACGUGCCCCUGGUCUAUCAGCCCAUCUCGAUCCUUCCCACUUCUCCAUCCUCGACAUUUCCCAAAACACAAACCCUACAUCAGGAAGCUCCCCCGGCCCAGUAGGUCAUCUGUUGAUUUUUUUUUAAGUCCCUCUUUGUGCGACGUUCUCUUUCAAAGUUUGGUUAAGGGUAUGUGUCCAUUUACACAACAAGACGUGGGAGGUAUAAAAGAAGCCUCCACAGAGAGCUGCGGCGCUGCUUAAUGGGAGCUCGGGGCCUGCCCUCAGUCCUGGAGCCUUUCACACAUCUUGCUCCCUGCCUCUCCAAUUACUUCCACUGUCCUCCUGCAACAAAGACCCAACUGACUGCCCUCUCCUUCCCAGACCCUAUCAGUGUGGAUCCACCUGAGAUUUCCACUCGCUAUCACUCCAGCAUCUGUGGAAAUAAAGUGUCUUGUGUAACCUUGUAAAUGAGGCUGUCCCUAAUUAAAAAAUGGGGUACACAGAGAAUCCAAAGUGACUUAUGUUAAUUAUGUAACUCUACCUACCACUGAGCUUAAAAAGCAAGGUUUUAGACGGUGUGUGUGUGUGUGUGUUUCUGGUUUUUGUCCAUAAAUGCCCCAGAGUGAGACUGUACUGCUUUGGUGAGUUUGUGUGCCUGCACUGCACUGAGUGAACUCAGUGCAGUUACAACUCAAGUUCUUAAGGUCCCAAUCCAACGGCAGUCUCUAUUUUAUAAAAAAUAAUUCAAUAACACUGUACAUUUUUAUAGAAAUCAUCACCAAAUAUUUUUAAAUCCUGCUUCAUGUGCUGAGUGAAACAUUAAUAAGACCUUGGUAUUCAAACAUCAUUGUUCCACAAAGAUAAAGGCUGCAGUGUUACCUCCAAAUUUUCCACCAAAGACAUAUUUUAUCAUCAUUUGGCACUUUGCAGGUGUUAAUGACAGAUCCUGCUCAAAAGCCUCGACAUUCAUCCUGUAUGAGAGCCUCUCUUUGUACAAAACAUUCCUCUACUCCUGCAUUUAAAACAUGUCUGCGAGCAGUAAUUCUCUUUUGGUUUUUCCACUUCCCUCCAUCAUUUCCACAUUUCUGACCUCCCCUCUACACUUCUUACACAUUGCUCUGUUUCCACUCCCUCUCUUCAGCGGGUUCCUAUGCUGUCCCUCCCCUCAACUUCCCUCUCCUCCCCACCAACCCCUUUCCCCAAACACUGAUCUCAGAUUAAGUUGAACAGUAUCCCAGGUGAAAGUUUGCACCUGCUUCUUUAGGCAAAGCUCCCUCCACAGCUUCAACGGGUAGUUUUUCAAUCUCCACCUUUCUCCUGUAAGGACGUCACCAUUUAAACACCCAAAAUACAAAACCUUUUGGAUUGUUGUUGCUUCUGCUGGUAAUCCCGUGGAGCUGGAAUUGGACAAGCGUUGCUCUUCUGUCUGGACAUCCAGUUCCUCUACCUUCUUCCCUUUUCAUCACUAUCACCUGCCUCGUUUUACUCCCUCCAUCACCACCACUGCUCUGUGGAUGGUCCUCUGCUGGAUGGGACACUGCUGUAAGGAGGUUGCCAGGUUAGACUAUUGAUGUGCUAGAUGUCCAUCUUCUGAAGGCAGGUGAGUGCAUCAUUUCCUCCUCGACUCAUCAGUAGUUUCUUUAUUCAUGACCUGACUGUGUGACAAAAAAAAGCCUGAACUUUCCUCAUUAGGCUUGUCACUUUUUGAUGCUGCGAACAUGGACUUUUGCCUUUAUUUCAGUUAUUCGGGGUAAUCUAUGAUCUGUUUAGGAAACAUUAUCUGCUAUAUAGUCUGCUGUUGGUGAUGUCACUAUUGCUUCAUGGUCUAAUGGUGUAAUGUUGAUAUCUAACACAGGUGUUCCCAACCUUUUUUUUUUUUGCUUCAUUUUAGGGGUCCCAAACCCCUUAAAACAAACUUCUACCUCUGACCCUUCAUCGCAGGUUAUGGUCAAAGUGGAUAUGAGCUUUGAGCAGCUCAACACAAUAACCAUUGUUCAUUCUCACGUUAUUUAAUUUUACAAAUGUUUAGCAAACCUGAAAAGGUAAAGGUACCUAGUAUGUUACACAAAAAGAAAAGUAAAAGAUUUAGAAAAGUCAUAAAAAUGAAACCUAACUUUGUGUUACAUGCAUUUAUUGUUUAUUUUACCUUGAAUCAUCUUGUGGCUCUACAGAUUUAUCUUGGGACCCCCUCUUGGCUCCCAAACCCCAGGUUGGGUACCACUGGUCUACUCUUGCAGAAUGGUCAGGCCAGGCUGUCCAGUCAUUCUGCUCCACCUCUUCAGCAUCUUUGUGCAGACGGGAGAUAGUACUCAGGACAUCCUGUAUCCAUAUGGGCCCAGCCAUAGGGAUCUAGAGACUCCAAAGAUGGAUGAUGGGAGUUCUCCUGAAAAUAUUUUGCUCAUUCAAUUCAUUUUCUUCAAUGUCCCCUACCGUUCCAUCUAUGUGAACAACAAUGGUGUGAUCUCCUUCAACGUGCAGGUUAGCCAGUUCACACCAGAGGCUUUCCCCCUGAGUGACAGCAGAUCGUUUAUUGCUCCACUUUGGGCAGAUGUGCACAACGGCAUCCGCGGAGAUGUGUUCUACCGAGAGUCCACCGAACCGGAAAUACUGGAAAGGGCAACACAAGAUGUCCGGAAGUACUUCAAAAACAUGCCCACCUUCACGGCCACCUGGGCCUUUAUUACAACAUGGCACCAAGUCACCUUUUAUGGAGGAAGCCAGACAACCCCGGUGAACACAUUCCAAACUGUACUAAUCUCAGACGGCGUGGCAUCCUUCAGUAUGUUCAACUACGGAGAAAUCACAUGGAGCACAGGAACAGCCAGUGGUGGAGAUCCUUUAACAGGACUGGGUGGGACGACAGCUCAGUCAGGUUUUAACGGUGGAGACAUUGGUCACUUCUUCAACCUGCCAGGAUCACGGUCAAAUGAUGUAGUGAACAUUGAACAGACAACCAAUGUAAAUACCCCUGGGCGCUGGUUGUUCCGUGUAGACACUGAACUGAUAGAUCCUGCCAAUGGCUGCAGCUACAAUGGUCGUUUUUACAGACGAGGGGAAAUCUUCUGGCUGUCUGACCAGUGUUCACAGCGAUGCCGCUGCCUUGACAUUGACAAUAAGGUGCAGUGCCAAGAGGCUCCGUGUGGGCAGCUGGAGACCUGCGAGCAGCAGGAAGGGGCUUUUUACUGCCAGCCGACCCGCACCAGCACUUGUGUGGUAUUUGGCGACCCUCAUUACCACACCUUCGAUGGCUUCCUCUAUCACUUCCAGGGAACCUGCUCCUACCUGCUGGCGCGGCCCUGCUGGGAGGUGGCAGGGCUGCCUUUUUUCAGCGUAGAGGCCAAAAAUGAGAACCGUGGGGUCGCCUCUGUUUCCUGGCUUAGAGAUGUCACAGUGGAGGUGUACGGUCACAGAGUCAUGUUACCCAAAGGCAGUUUUGGAACGGUCCAGGUGGAUGGCUUGAUGAAGACUUUACCAGUCCAACUCCAGCUUGGUGCUGUCAGGGUUUACCAGUCUGGGAUUGCCAUUGCUUUAGAAACAGACUUUGGACUCAUGGUAACCUAUGACGGCCAACACUACGCAUCCAUCUCCCUACCCAGCUCCUACUUCAACAACACUUGUGGCCUUUGUGGUAACUAUAACGACGACCCCGCUGAUGAUCCUGUGCUUCCUGACGGCUCCCUGGCCGAAAGCGUAGUGGAGCUAGGGGGCAGCUGGCGAGCCGAAGACACAGACUGGAGGUGUACAGAUGGCUGCGCCCAGAACUGCAGCGUCUGUGACCCUCUUGUAGAAGCCUUCUACUUUCGCUCAGACUACUGUGGGCUCAUCAACAAAACCGAUGGACCUUUUAGGGACUGCAGAGCUGUAGUGGACCCCACAGCCUUUGUGUAUAGCUGUGUAUAUGACAUGUGCAGCAACAGGGAUAAUAUCACCACACUCUGCCAGGCCAUCCAGGCCUAUGCUCUGGCCUGUCAGGCCCUCGGGGUCACGAUACGAUCCUGGAGAUCUCGCACCUUCUGCGCUUUUUCAUGUCCGGAGUUCAGCAGUUACCAAGUGUGCACAAGUGCCUGCCCAGCCUCCUGCUCGGACCUCACCUCUCCCCUGUAUUGUCCUCACCCUUGCACUGAGGGCUGCCAGUGUGACCAAGGCUAUGUUCUCAGCGGCAGCCGUUGUGUAAAGCGCGAAGACUGUGGCUGUGAGCAUAACGGCCUCUAUUACCCCCGUAAUAACACUUUCUGGGCAGGCCCCAGCGGUGAAGAAGGUGAAUGUACCCUCCGCUGCACCUGCGGGCCUGCUGGGGAAGUCUCCUGCUUCAACGAGUCCUGCAAGGAGGGCGAGGUGUGUGUGGCUGAGGUGGGCUUGCUGGGUUGCUAUCCUCGGAGGGAGGGAGUGUGCGCAGUCACCCAAAACUCGGUGACGACCUCCUUUGAUGGCACCUUCCUGGUGUUCCCAGAUGACAGCUCCUACUACCUGCUGAAGCUGUGUGGCGCAGUGCCAGCUAAUGGCUCAAUGGUGGAGGUGAAGAUGGGCAGGCGGCUGGUGAACAAAGGCCCCACUUGGAAAAGACCAGUGGUGGUUACAGUAGCUAACAUGGAAGCUCAAAUGGGAGGGAUAGAUUUUGAUACAGUAAAGGUGAAUGGUGAACCAGUGUCGCUCCCAUAUGUCCAUCCACUGGAGACAAUGAUGAUCUACAGAGCACCAGGCAAUGCUACAGUAGUGGAGUCCCGCGGUCUGCUUCGUGUCCAGUACACUCACCAGGGAUUCGUCAACAUCUCCCUCUCCACCCUCUUCUACAAUGUUACUUGUGGUCUAUGUGGCGUCUUCAAUAGCAAUACCACUGAUGACCUUCGCCUUCCAAACGGACGCCUGGCGGAGUCCACUGAACAGUUCACAGAGGGCUGGCGGUCCAUUGCUGAUGACCUCACCUGCAACGGUGACUGCGAUGACCUGUAUCGAAUGUGCACAGACUUGCGUCUCUACCAGAGUCCUUGGAUGUGUGGCACGAUCAAUGAUCCGGGGAAUAGUUCAUUUCUGGCAUGUCAUGCAGUGGUGAACCCCUCACCGUUCUUCAGGAACUGCUUGUAUAACAUGUGUGUAAAGGAAGGGAAUCGUUCAGCCCUGUGUUCUUCACUGCAGGCCUAUGCCACUGCCUGUCAGGAUGCCCAAGUAGGCCUCGCUUCCUGGAGGAUUGUCACCAACUGCCCUCUUCCCUGUCCUCAGAACAGUCAUUUUGAUGAGUGCACCAGUGCCUGUCCUCUGACCUGCGCCAACUUAGAUGAACCUGAAGAGCCAUGCCCUCUGCCAUGCCAGGAGGGGUGUCAGUGUGAGGAAGGCUUUGCGCUUCGCGAUGGCCUGUGUGUGGCACGCAGUGAUUGUGGCUGCAUGAGCCACGGACGCCAGCUGGCCACUAAUCAGACUUUCUGGACAGACUGGGAGUGCCAGGAGCGCUGCUACUGCAAUGGCUCUGACAACAGUGUAUACUGUCAGCUCGCACCCUGUCACACUGAGGAGUACUGCCAGGAGAUUGACGGCCUCUAUUUCUGCCAGCCGCGCACUGAGGCCCUGUGUGUGGCUGCUGGUUAUGGACAUUUUCUGCCAUUUGGUGGCGUACCGUUUGAGCUGCAGAGCUCUUGUUCUCUUAGGAUGGCCACCACCAGCUGUGGCAGAGGGAACAGGGACCCCGCAACCAUCAGUGGAACUUUCCCUCAAUUUAAAUUGGCAGCUCGUAACGAGGAAAGGGACACAGGCCAAGCAAUUUGGGUGAGGGGCUUUGUUCUGGAGGUCUACGAGUAUGAGAUUGAAGUGUCUCGAAGCUACAAAAACACUGUCACAGUGAAUAAGGAGCGUUUGUACCCUCCACUGAAGCUGGGCCCAGGGAAGGUCAACAUCUUCACCUGGGGCAUGCAGCUCAUUCUGGAGACAGAUUUUGGCCUGAAGGUGGCCUUUGACUGGAACACUCUCCUCCUGUUGACGUUGCCUCGCGAUCUCUACAACAGCUCUUGCGGCCUCUGCCACGGCAUGCCCUUAUCCCCACCCACCCUUACCACCACUGACUGGGGCAUGGCCUGGGCAGAGAGGGACACCUUCUGCCAGGUGGGCUGUGGAGACUCCUGCCCACGCUGUGGCCUGGGAGAGACGAGCGAUCUAAAUGACGCCCCUCUCAUGGUGACUGAUGCCAACAUGAACACGAACAAUGGGGCAAAUGAAGUUGACACAGGCAUACGUUUUCACAUUGGAGAUGGACUGUAUGUGUUUGUGGAGCCUGAGGCAGUAAGGCUAUGCGGGCUAAUUGUGGAUCGAGGAGGUUUAUUUGCACGUUGUCAUAGCAAGGUGGCGCCAGCGUUCUUUUAUCAAAGCUGCCUGCAGGACACCUGUUUGGACCAGGGAGCUCAGGAUACAAUCUGUAACUGGCUGCAGAUAUAUGCCGGAACCUGUCAGACCCAAGGUGUGCCUGUUACCGGCUGGAGGAGCGACACACCAUGUGUCCAGAGCUGUCCACCUAACAGCCAUUACUCCAGUUGUGUGUCGGUUUGCCCGCCCCAGUGCGCCCCAGCCCGUGGCCAGAGGGACUGCAGCCAGGACUGUGUGGAGGGCUGUCAGUGUGACCAGGGCUACGUGCUCAACGGCAAGAGCUGCAUCCUGCCUCAGAACUGUGGCUGCUACACUGAUGGCAAGUACUAUGAGCCCAAACAGCUGUUUUGGAACAGUGACUGUACCAAACGCUGCCAGUGCAUUGGACGAAACCUGAUCCAGUGCGACCCAAGGCGCUGUAUAGCAGAGGAAGAGUGCACCCUGCGGUACGGAGUGCGGGGCUGCUUUGCGCGGCGCUCCCAGCACUGCGUGGCGUCUGGCGGUGGGGUUUUCAGGACCUUCGACGGGGCGUCGCUGCGGCUCCCGGCCUCCUGCUCCUUUGUCCUGUCCACAAACUGUCACAAGCUGCCUGACCUCUCCUUCCAGCUCAUCGCUAACUUUGAUAAAUGGAGCACACCCAACCUCACCACCAUCUCCCAUGUCUACCUUUACAUCAAUGAGGAGAACAUACUCAUCUCUGGCAGCACUAUCAAGGUUAAUGGUACACCAGUGUCAGUACCGUUUCUAACUGGGCUGAUGACACGUCUGUCCACGUCCGAAGGUUUCAUUGUCAUCGACACACCUCAGGACAUCCAGAUUCGAUACAACCGCUUUAACACCCUUAGCAUCACAAUGGGCCAGCGGCUUCAGAACAAGGUGUGUGGUCUCUGUGGGAAUUUCAACGGAGACCCCAGUGACGACUACAUCACUUCCAGGGGCAAGCCGGCUGUCAGCGCCCUGGAGCUGGCCCAGAGCUGGAAGACCAACGGUAUGCAGAACAGUUGUGAUGAAACCCAGUUUGUGGCUCUGGCUCAGUCCUGUGACAACACGGCGGUGCUGGCGCUGCAAAGUGAAGAUGCGUGUCAGAAGCUCACCCAGCUGAAGGGCUUCUUCCAGCCGUGCCACGGCCUACUGGAUCCCCGGCCCUUUUACCAGUCCUGCUACCUGGACGGCUGCUACAAUCACCGCAAGGCUCAGGUCUGCGGCUCGCUGGCAGCCUACGCAGAGGCCUGCCGCUCCAUGGGCACCCUCACCACCAAGUGGAUCACCCAGGAGAACUGCUCAGAAUGGAUCUACGACCCCUGUGCAGGAGAGAUCUGCACAAACUUCACCUGUGAGCUGGAGAACGGAGGUGACCUGUGUGGCUGUCCAGAGUUGCCCACCAGCACUGGAGGUGAUGAUGACAUCAUCCAGGCGGAGGUAAACUGUAAGCAUGCUCAGAUGGAGGUCUCCAUUUCCAAGUGUAAGCUCUUCCAGCUGGGCUUUGAACGAGAGGACGUCAGGGUCAACGACGAGCACUGUGCCGGCAUCGAGGGAGAGGACCGCAUCUCCUUUCGCAUCAACAACACUAAGGGACACUGUGGCUCCAUCGUACAGUCGAACAGCACACACAUCAUGUAUAAGAACACCGUGUGGAUAGAGAGUGUGAACAACACCGGGAACAUCAUCACCAGAGACAAGACCAUCAACGUGGAGUUUUCCUGCGCCUACGAACUGGACCUGAAGAUCUCCCUGGAGACUGUCCUCAAGCCCAUGCUCAGUGUAAUAAACCUCACCUUACCGACCCAGGAAGGAAACUUCAUCACCAAGAUGGCUCUAUAUAAGAACUCCUCGUACCGAAACCCGUACCGGGAGGGGGAGGUGGUGCUCAGCACGCGAGACAUCCUCUUCGUGGGUGUCUUUGUGGAAGGGGCAGAUGAAAACCAGCUCAUCCUCAUAGUAAACAUGUGCUGGGCCACGCCGUCCCGCUACAGCAGUGACCGACUCCGCUAUAUCAUCAUAGAGAGAGGGUGUCCAAACAUUAAAGACAACACCAUCGGCAUGGCAGAGAACGGCGUGUCGCUCACCUGUCGCUUCCACGUCACCGUCUUCAAGUUCAUCGGGGAUUAUGAGGAGGUCCACCUCCACUGUGACGUCACCCUGUGCGACUCGGAAACAAACGCCUGCAAAGUGAACUGUCCACACAAGAGAAGAAUGUACUCGGAGGACAGUGACCAUAAAGAGCACAUAUUGACUGUGGGACCCAUUAGAAGGAGAGCAUUAGACUGGUGUGAGGAGGGAAACGGAGGCUGUGAGCAGAUCUGCACCAGUAAGAUGGCCGGACCGGUCUGCAGCUGUGUGACUGGGAUGCUGCAAAGAGAUGGGAAAAGCUGCCGGACUGCGAGCUCGAGCUGUAACCUCACACCUGCGGUGUCUCUGCUGAGCGUCAGCGCUGUGAUCUCCAUGUUCCCGGCUCGUAUUCACACUCUCCUCUCCUAACACUCUCUGCGAACAAAGGGAGGCAACAAAUGGAAAAGAACAAAACACAGAAAAGACUUGAAGAUGCACACAGUUUAUCAGCGUUGAUUAGCCAGUAGAUCAGCUGUGUGUUCCAGUCAGAAAAUCGAGACAGAAUACACUGUGCAUUCACAAAUGUCUGAGGCCACAUAUUCUUGAUGCAACUGAAGGUAACUACACAAAAAAAGUAAGCCAGCUUUCCAGACAUGUAGACAAGUUUCACCCCUAACUUCCCUAAUUGUGUUAUUCUCCACCUCCUCCAUUAUAUAUCAGGACACCUCAUUGUGUAUUAUCAUGUACUUAAAGCCACUAUGUGUAGAUUUUUUUUUUUUAUGUGAUUAUAACAUAUUUCAAAUUAUUCUAAUGGCUUUUGUUUGAAGAAAAAUGAAUGCAUUACUGUCUGCCACAGUGUCUUUUUUUAUGCUACCACCAGAUGACGCCAAAGUUAGAAAUGUUCCAAUUCUAUACAUUGCACUCAGAGAGCGAAGAUCUCCGCCAAGGCGUGCCCUAUCUCACAAUAUUAAUGCAGUGGGAAUUUUCCCAGUCAGAAACACAUUUUUCUGAUUAUUCCGACACCACAUGAAUGCAGCACAAACCUCCUAUCUCGCAAUGUUAACCAAAGUAAGUGACAGUGCACAGUAAUUUGUGUAUCCGCCCCGUGACUCGGGUCUGCUCCAAAAUGUAAUGGGUUCUUCCUUCGCCCAUUCUACACCCUUCCACCAAGUUUCAUGAAAAUCUGGUCGGUAGUUUUUCUGAAAUCCUGCGGACAGACAAACAAACAAACAAAAAAACGGACACACCGAACUGAAAACAUAGCCUAACCUCCAUGGCGGAGGUGAAUAUGGUAGUGAACCAAAGACAGUGGUCUUGAAGGCAAACAUCAUCCAAUGUCCCGACCUCCACACCUUUACUUUACAAUGCUAUGAACACAUUCUGCAUUGGAACUGAAAGUAAAUCACGAAUAGUUACAGCUAAUAAAUAGUUGCGUAAUGGACAUAAUGUCUAGGAGUCAGAGUAGCAUUAUCUGGAUACUGGCAUUUCCAAUUACACCUGAUAUUAAUAAACAUUCUCGUCAUUUUGGUUCUGCCUGCACUGUGAUCGUAUGUCAAUAUGCUAAAAUAAGGUUGGUGGACUUGUCAGCAAGCAUCUGUGACUGUGAGGGUCUAGCUCUCCAUAUCCACAAUGAAUCAAGUCCACAAGAGGCCUCAAGUGGAAUAUCUGGAGACUUCCAGUUAGAGCAGCUAGAUAUGAAACAAUUAGUCGUUUAAAUGAUUAGUAGAUUAACCGAAAAUGAACCAGCAACUAUUUUGGUAACCGAUUAAUCAAUUUAUGUAAUUCUUUAAGCAAGAAGACCAAACAUUGUCUAGUUCCAGCUUCACCGUUUUGAGGAUUUUCUGCUUUAUCACAUUUAUGUGAUGGUAAACUAAAUAUCUUUGGACUUUAGACUGUUAGUCCGACAAAACAAGUACUUUAUAAUUUGAAGAUGUGUGGUCGGGCUUUGCCUCAAGAAAAUAAUCAUCAGAUAAAUCGAUAAAGAAACAAUGAUCACACCCAGCCCUAAAAACAGCAGGACUGCACAUAUCCUGCAUAAAUUAUCAUUGUCAAUAGCGUUAAGAACAGUCAGGCGUUAAGUUCCCUCUCACAGUACAUUUGAUCUGCUCAUGGCCCAGUUCCCUAACAGACAUGAUAGAAUAUGUAUCUGUAAAGUAUAUGUUUUUCUUGUCCAGAUAAGAUACCCAAAUACAAAUUAAUACCAGGUGUACAUGGGCUCUGAUAGUGGAAUCUGCUGGACAGUGGAUCUACUGGCUAGUAGUAGUAGUAGUCCUGUUUGACCUCCAGACCAACUAAAUUACAGUGUUUAACAUUCUAAAUCAACGAAAUCUACAUCAGCUUGUGGCACUAAAGAGGUAACGGAUCAGGUAAUGAGACUACACAGAUGUCAAAGUGGAGUUUUUUGAAUGAAGUGUGUGAGGAGAGCACCUUAAUAGGAAUACUCAUAUUUCUAACUCAAAUGUUAAAUAAUGUCAUACAGUAGAUUAGUGCCCAGGUUGUGUUGCGGCUGUAAGAAAUGCAAUUAGUUGUGCCAUUAAAAUAUUUAAUUUUUCAUCAUUUCUAUCUUAAUCAGUUAUAGUGUUGUAACACUCACAAAUAUUGACUGUUGGCUCUGACGUAUUGAUUCUGAACAACAUUUUGCCUUUUAGGGUGGACAUGUGAGGACAUUGUAAAACUGUCAAUAGAGUAAGGUUCUCCAAGUAGGAUCCCUGGUCAAUGUUUUCUAUUUGGCACCUUAUGAGUUUUUAAUGUCAGUAUAUGUCACCACACAACCCUCCAGUGUUCUUCACUGAAGCCAACUCAAAUUCUCAGUUUUGGAUUAGUUAUACAGUAAGUAGCAGUUUUUCAUAGGUAGGCCUGUUUUGCUACCUUCUAUGUACAAAUGUACAGUCCUUGUCUGUCAGUUUGGUGGUUUAUGUCAUGCCUUCUUUGUUUUAAUAAUCAGUAUCUUUUUUAUGUUCAAAACCAUUACCAAAAUAUGUUUUAGUCUUUGAGAGCAGAGCCACCCAACUUUUAAUAAAUUAAGUUCUCAAAGUCA